UGGUGAAGUGGUACUGCACAGGACUGCGGUUGCCAUGGUACAGCGUCAGCCGUAGGACUGGAGCUAACAUCUAAGUGUGGAGCCUAAAAAGACCACAACAUCUGAAUGCUGUUCUUUGGCUGGCAGGGAUUAUUUGUCUUUCCGUUUCACUGUGGACAGUAACAGCAGUGGCUGUUUCCGAAAAGGAAGACGUCUAUUCCUUUUCCCUAACGGUAGCUAAUUUGGCUAAACUUCAUGCUAUACAGAUAUAGUGAACAGGGGGCCAGUAACGACAAGAUAAACCCAUGAUGAUGAUGUGCACAUGAUCAUGGCAGAUAGGGAGAAAAGUACAUGUGCAGUCUCUGAAUAUGUCUACAUAUGCAGCUUAUUGCAGUCGGGCAUUAAAAUUGGCCAUUUAAUGAAUCACUGGAGCACAUGGGAGCAGUCAGCACAUAGUGUCUUCUCAAAGUAACAAGAUGGAAUCUGAAAACACCACUCACCAGUUCGAAGACAACAGAGAUGUUCAUCUAAGUCGCCAGUCUCUGCAGAGUACAAAGACAGAUUCCCGGGCAUCAUCUUCUCAAAAACAGAUAUGCAACAAGAACUCCAAUGACAAGAUCAGGGAUGAAGAAGAAAAGGAGGAUUACGUAGAGAGUAGGUCUAAAACUCGGAUCUGGCAUCCGGACCCAGAUAGGGACCAAAUUUCAGAUGAUGGACGGAAAAGUGCUGGAUCUUUUUACUCGGAUGACUAUGAGAAUGAGUCUCCCUCAGAGCGCUCACUCUCACCGUACUCCCGGUCUCGAACCCCAUCCCCUAUUCCUAAAAGAAGUGUGCGUGGAAAGAGGAAUUCUACCAGCCCCCUGUAUAAGACAGGUGGUGUGGUGCGCCGGGGUGCACCUCGCCCACAGCGUCCUGGCGGCCAACACAUGCCCCAACAGCAUCGUAGAGGAGUCCGCUCACAAAGUAAAGAAUCCUUACCUCCUAAAGACCUGGACCUGGUGACUAAACGAAUGCUUUCAGCCCGCCUGCUGAAAAUUAAUGAAUUGCGUAAUGCUCUUGUUGAGCUUCAGCAACGCACUGAUGAGCUGCAGAAGGAAAAUCGAAUACUCCGACAACUCCAGGUACGUCAAGAGAAGGCUCUGCAGCGCUAUGAUGACACAGAAAGUGAGAUUUCCCAGCUGAUAUCACGCCACUCCAAUGAGACCCAUGUUCUACGUGAGCGGCUCAGGCGCACUCAGGAACGUGAACGGGCUGUCGAGCGGCGGUUGAAGGACAGUGAAGAGCAGCUGCAGAGAAGUAAGGCCACGAUUGUUCGGCUCAAGAAGCUGGUUGACCAGAGAGAGUUGGGAGCCAGGGAUGAGCUGAGUCGCAAGCUAGAUGAAGAGAGGGCUCGAGGGCAAGAGGCAGAACACAAGAUUAAGGAGCUGGAACGCAGCAUGGAGCUGAGCACCGGCAGCUUCCACAGGCAGCUGGCUGCAGAGAAGAAGAAGACCAUCAGUGCCCAGGAAGAGAUCAGGACUCUGCAGGAGGAGCUGGGUCAAAUGACCAAUAAACUCAAGGAGAAAGAAAGAGAACUAGAUGCUAAAAACAUUUACGCCAACCGCAUGGCAAAACCCCCACAAAGAAGAGAUGCUGACACCGGCAUAAAGCGAAAGGUCUCUAGCAGGAACAGCACAAAGGCAGUGCAAACAGAAGCUCGGACGUCUAGUCCAGAUUUCCCCACGCCUCCCCCUGCCAUCACUGAUGGCAACGAGUACAGCGAAUCAGCUCCUGACGAUUACUUGUCACUCAAGCAGGAGUUUGACAGAGUGGGCCAACAUUCAGAGAUAAACGACAGGCAUCAAGACCAGGAACAACAGAAGAUGACUGACAGAGAACAAGGACAAGGGAGUGCCUUUGUGAAGGAGAAAGAUUGUGAGAGGAGACAACCACAGCAACUGAACCAGGAGCUUAAUGUAUUUGAAGAGAAGACGAAGAAACAAAGAAAUCAAUCAGAGAAGGAAAAAGAUGAUGACCGAAGUAGGAGAAGUUCCUUAUUCAACCAGAAGGAGGAGGAGAAAAUCACAAAGCGUAGCCAUGUGCAGGAGGAGGUGGAGAGGUGGAACCAGGAGGCUCUGGCCAAUCAGCAAACAGCAGAUGAAGCUCGGCGCAAAAAAGAACAUCUCCUGGCUAAGAUGCGUGAAAUAGACCGCCAAAACCAGGCAGUACAGGAUACUAUUUUUGAUGUUACAAGUCCUACUAAUAAUUCCUCUGGGCAGAGAAACCCUGCCACUUCAAUUUUUAGCCUCACAGCAACAGAGGAGACUGCAAGUUCACUAGGUGUUACCGACAGUCGGGAGUAUGGAAGGAGAAGACCAGAUGUAGAGAGUGGAGGAGUCACAACAGGAAUGGGGAGAAGAGCAGUCCGAUCCCAAAACUCCACUGACAGCAUGGCAUUCGGAGCCUAUGCGCCCUCGUUCGGACUUUCAGCUUCACGAGGCACUUCAAGCUUCUCUCCAACACCGCCCAAAGAGGACAGGGACUCCGCAUUAGAGGCAAUAGGAAUAUUUAGUCUCAGGAAGAUGGACACGGAAAAGGAGAAAGAGACCGAAAGGGCCGGGGCAAAGGGUAGAAAGUCCAGUUUAAUGCACCAACUGUUUGGUACCCUGGCCACACCUGCUGGUGACAUGAACACAUCCAAUAAAAUGGAGAUGCUCAGCAGUCCUCCGCCCACCAAUGGGGUGCGUUCAAGAAGGGAAGGAUUAAACAGCUUCAACUCAGGGCCUUCAACUCCUCCAGCAUCCUCCAUAAACACCCUACAUGUAGCAGAUAGCAAACCUGCCAUCUGUGCAAUCACUUCAUUUGAUGAGGAUAUAGAGGAACUCACUUUAUGAAAUUCGUUUAGAUUUAGUCGAUCUGUUUCUAAACCAACAGUUGCAAUGUGAUACAGUAAUUUAAUUCUUCAUAUAUAAGUGCUAUUUACACACAACACUAUUAUUUUCUAAAUCUAAGUUAAACAUAAUUACUCAGAAAUCUUCUCAGUGUUAUUUUUAACUAUUUGUUGUGUUUUAUUUGUAGUCAAAUAUAACUCCCUGAUCUUGUUUUGACAGAUUCAUUUCAUAUUAGUUACACAGUUGUAUUGUGAAAAUAUUGGCUUUUAAUGCCACUUGUUCUAUUCUGGUGGUAUGACUGAUCUGUGAACAUUGUAUGGUCAGGAUCCAAACCCAUUUGGUCUAAAACUGUACACAAAAUAAAGGCAUAGUAACACAAAUCAGAAGGCAAACAAUAGUCUCAGUGGAAGUCAUAUUAUACUAUUAUCAUAUAUUUGUAAGUAACGCUCAUUGCUGGUUGUAAUAUACAGUGCAGCCAGUUUUUAUGAUCAUUAUUUAUCACUAUAUGAUAUGACAAACUCACACCUUAUUGAUUUUUUUUUUUAAGUUCAUGUCAUUGAGGCUAGAUGCUGUUGUGCAAAUUAAAUUAUUAACUAACUAUAAAUAGUCACCUUUAGGUUUUCUGACCUUUUGGGUGCUAUGUACAGUGGC